CUCCCUGACACCAGCCGCUGUGUUGCUCUCGCUCCCCACAAUGAAAUACGUACUGUUCUUCAUGGGGUUGGCAGCCCUGGUUGCCUCUGCUAUGGCGGCCCCCGGAGGCAUUGGUUAUGGCGGUGGAUAUAGAGGCGGAUUGGGAGGAUUCGGCGGUGGAUAUGGAGGAGGAUUUGGUGGUGGAUACGGAGGCUACGGCGCUGGAUAUGGAGGCUACGGUGGUGGAUAUGGUGGUGGCUACGCUGGUGGAAGAGCUUCCAUCAACUUCAAUCUGGGACAUGGUGGCGGAUAUGGUGGUGGCUACGGAGGACAUGGUCUAGGUCUCGGCUUUGGAAAUGGUGUUGGAUACGGCGGUGGCUAUGGUGGUUAUGGAAAAUAGUUGUAAUAAUUCGUUCCAUCAAUUUUACAGAG